GUGUCACCGAUUAGCCGAGGGGGGGGUGUCACCGAUUAGCCAGGGGGUUGUCACCUAUUAGCCGGGACGGAGCCCGGGGGGGGUGUGUCACCGAUUAGCCGGGACCGAGCCCGGGGGGCGUGUGUCACCGAUUAGCCGGGACCAAGUCCGGGGGGCGUGUGUCACCGAUUAGCCGGGACCGAGCCCGGGGGGGGUGUGUGUCACCGAUUAGCCGGGACCGAGCCCCGGGGGGGGGUGUCACCGAUUAGACGGGACCGAGCCUGGGUGGGAGGUGUCGCCGAUUAGCCGGGGAGGUGUCGCCGAUUAGCUGGGGAGGUGUCGCCGAUGAGCCGGGAGGUGUCGCCGAUGAGCCGGGAUCGAGCCUGGGGGGGGGUGUCAUCGAUUAGCCGGGACUGAGACCGGGUGGGGGGUGUCACCGAUUAUCCUGGGAGGUGUCACUGAUUAGCCGGGAUCGAGCCUGGGGUGGGGGGGUGUCACCGAUUAGCCGAGACUGAGACUGGGGGAGUGUCACCGAUUAGCCAGGGUGGGAGUCACCGAUUAGCCGGGACCGAGUCCGGGGGGGUGUCACCGAUUAGCCGGGGGUGUGUGUCACCGAUUAGCCGGGACCGAGUCCCGGGGGGGGGUGUCACCGAUUAGCCGGGACUGAGACCGGGUGGGGGGUGUCACCGAUUAGCCGGGACUGAUCCUACAUGAUCCUAGUGACCAACAUCUACCUGAUCUUUGAGGUUGGCCACUUGGAACGAGCAAUGAUGGACAUGGCACAAAUCAAGCCCUUCAACUUAACCGAAGUGGGGAAGAUGCUACCGUAUUGCUACUAUACAGCCAUCACUCUGGCUGUCAUGACCUACCCGGUGUGUGUCUUCCUCAUCUACUCAGUCCCGAAGCGGCUCUACAUAGGCAUGUUCGCCUAUGUCGCAUGGAUCAUCUUCUAUGACCUGGUUAACUGCCUUAUCGUGGCCCUGGUUUACCAGGUCUCCAAAGAAGCCUUGUUUUCCCUCAGCCCCCUGGAGUGGUUUGGGCUGGCCACCAGGAACCCCAUGGAUUGUUUCUGGCUCUCCUUCGUUGUCACGUAUGCCCUGAUGGUUAUUGAAAGCAAAGGGCAAGGAAGGCUGUCGCUCAGGAUCAGGCAGAGGUGGUGUCACCGAUUAGCCGGGACUGAGACCGGGGGUGUGUCACCGAUUAGCCGGGGAGGUGACACCAAUUAACUGGGAUCGAGCCUGGGGGGGUGUCACCGAUUAGCCCGGACUGAGACCGGGGGGAUGUCAUCGAUUAGCCGAGGAGGGGUGUCACCGAUUAGCCGAGGGGGAGGUGUCACCGAUUAGCCGAGGGGGAGGUGUCACCGAUUAGCCGGGACCGAGCCCAGGGGGGUGUCACCGAUUAGCCGAGGGGGAGGGUGUCACCGAUUAGCCGGGACCGAGCCCGGGGGGGUGUCACCGAUUAGCCGAGGGGGGGGUGUCACCGAUUAGCCGGGACUGAGACCGGUGGGAUGUCACCGAUUAGCCGAGGGGGGGGGUGUCACCAAUUAGCCGGGACUGAGACCGGGGGGGUGUCACCGAUUAGCCGGGACCAAGCCUGGCAUGGAGGGGGGUCUCACCGAUUAGCCGGGACCGAGACCGGGGGGGUGUCACCGAUUAGCCGAGGGGGGGGUGUCACCGAUUAGCCGGGAACGAGCCUGGGGGGGGUGUGUCACCGAUUAGCCGGGACCGAGCCUGACAGGGAGGGGGGUGUCACCGAUUAGCCAGGACUGAGACCGCGGGGGUGUCACCGAUUAGCCGGGGGGGUGUCAGCGAUUAGCCGGGACUGAGACCGGGGGUGUGUCACCGAUUAGCCGGGGAGGUGUCACCGAUUAGCCGGGAUCGAGCCAGGGGGGGCUGUCACCGAUUAGCCGGGACUGAG